CAAGAAAUCGUCCAAGAAAUCGUCCAGCCGAAGGUAAGGUUAAAAUUUUUGUUUCUUAAAUUUUUUUUUCUAAUUUUUUUUUUGUAUAGUUGUAAAACAGGAACCACAUGAUGGCGUCUCACCUGAAAGGAGGACCUUGGAAAUUGGAUCACGCCAUCACGUGGAAGCUGUUUUAGCUCAUAGGUAAGCUAAUUUGUGAUUGUUAUUGUGUGUGUUCGUGUGUGUGUGUGUGUGUGUUUCGGGGCAAUGUUCAAAAUCAUAAGGGCAAUGUAUUUUUUUUUAAAUGGACACCAGGAAGAAAUCGAAUCGUUCGCUCAGCGUCACCGUGUUGUCGACCACUGUUCCGCACGGUGGAUUCCUGAACGCGUCUCUUCUUUUCAAGAAGAAUGUUGAAAUGGGUAAAUUAUCCCAGCAAUGAGUACUUCAACUUAUGGGAAGAAAAGCAGAACUGCAAUUGUGAUUCCCUAAUUCGUCAAUACCUGGAAAAAAAUCAAAACCCUUCGAUUAUAAACUUAUUGGAUGGUCCUGGAGCUGGGGAAGAAGGGACUUUACUAAGACCCAACCAAGCGAUCAUCAAAGUGGAAAAUCCAGGUGAGCUAGCAUCCGGCACACCUGCAUUUGUUCCACUUACCCCGUUGGAUAUGGAGUUGGCCAAGUCCAACCAACUGUUGCGUCAUAGGAAUAAUCGUCGCGACUACACCAUAUAUGUUCGUGACGAUCCUAUGACAACAACAACAGCAGCAACGGCAGCAGGAAGUUGA